AUGUCGUCUCCGGCAGGGGUACCAAUGGGAAAUCCUCAAUUACAGAAUCAACCACCUCAAGCUCCUCCGCCAGCGAGUAACAAUGAUUCCGGUGAAAAUGGCAUGAUGGUUAGACCAAUGAGACUCAAGGUACUCUACACUUUCGAUGACGAAUGCAAAACCAAUUGUUUGGCACGGUGGCCGCAAGUACUCCAAAUUCAAUCUAUCGCUAUGGACGAGAAGAAUUCAAUAGGUGUUAUCGAUCUUUACACAUGUUUACAGGCAAUUAUUGAAUGCAGCCCAGAACUGCUUCCUCGACCCGGCCGAGAUUUUACCGUUUAUGCCUACGAUUUUUCUGAAGAUGAUAGUCCUCUGGUAGGACAAGGGAUGCUUUCUCGGGCUUUGACGAUGCCUCCUAUGCCAAAUAACUCGAUACAUCAGUCACAAAAGCUCAUUACUGGACGAGUAUGCAAGAAUAUCAUGGGUUUAUUUGCAAAUGGAGUGAAGGAAACUUUGGAGGUCAAGCUUCGUCUGGUCCCUCAAACAGUUCCACCAAUGGAGUAUAGAAACAGCAUGGGAAAUCCCCAUCAAAACAUGGCAACACCAAGAUAUGAUCAGCAAGAAUGGAAUUCUUUAUCAAGAUCGCAGGAAAACGCCCCAUCUCAAAUGUCGAAUAGGACACCAACCCCGGCUGCUAUGUCGAAUAACAAAGGAACUAGCAUAGAAGUUGUCAAUCAGCUUCUCAGUCCCAGUCUUCCACCGGUAAAUCCUUAUAAUCAAAAUUUACCGCCAGCACCUGUAACCGUGCGUGAGGAACCAGUACCGAUUGCUGCCAGAGACCCUAAGAUCGCUAGGCCCCCUUCUAGGACGACUGUGAAGAGGGGAAGACGUGGUCGCCCUCCGAAGAACCCACGCCCUGAAACUGGAGGCAAUACCUCUGGAUAUGAAGAAGGGACGGAGGGAGAAGAUGGCCCCGCUCCGAAGAGAAGGGCGAAGAUUACUCAGGCGGACUGGAGUAAUAGGUCGGCAUUUGGGUCAGGGUCUGACUCACUCCGAGUCACAGCAAGUACUGCAGGUUCUAUACGUGCUUUCAGACCGCUAGCUCCGUCUGGAGGCUUAGCAGCUGGUAAUCAUUUACAGGAAGUUCCUCGAUCCCCCACCCCAGUACCAAUCUUACCACAACCAGUCAAUCAGCACAGACCGCAGUCACAAAGUGGGCUUCGACAGGGGUCGAAUCCUCAAUCAGAGACGCCUCAAGCACACUCACCAGCUUAUUCACAAUUAGAACCUUCACUCCCCCCAGAAGAUCGUCUCAGACUCUCAAUUGAAUCAGCCCAUCCCUCACCGGAACAGGUUGCUAGUCCAGGAUUUACACCUCAAGACAUCGCAUCAUCCCCACCAGUCUUACGAAAUGUCACUCCGUCAAUACGAUCAAGCCCCCCUUGCCUUUCGAGUCCUUCGCUGCCACCUAUGCCUAGGUUAGAUUCUGGCUUCAUGAGCGGUAAUUUAGAUGAUCUCGAUGAUCUUUUUGGAGAAGAUGAUGAAAUCUCGCGCCCAAUCGAUGAAGAGGAUAUUGUGGUUGCAAAAAAGAGCACCAAACGGCGAGGGCCUCGCAAAAUGCAGCCUACAAAUUCGAAUCUUAAUGGUGGAUUCCAUAUCCAAGAAGAAACACCAGGUCCCAUGGAACUGCUCCCUAAACGGAUGCUUCUCAGUGAGCAGGCUAAACCAAAACCUCCCAAGUCAGUACAACCAAAAUCUAGACGGAAUAGUAUCAUGUCCGAAGAUGGGCAGUCAUUACCCCCCUUAAAGCCAGAUACCCGUCCCAGUUCUCGGCCGCCUUCUCAGGUCCAAACUGCUCCCAGUAUGGAUCCACCAGCGCCGACUUUGCAUUUACCCACGCCACCAACCAGUGAGUUCACAAACCAACCAAUAUCCCAAAUGCCUGCAGGACCUCCACCGCCUCAGCCUCGUCCAGCAUCCGGAAACUUUUCUCGGACCGCUUCCACUGGAUCCAUGGCUCUUCCAGCUAUUCCUGCGAAUGAACCCAUUCUUCCACCUACGUUUCAGCGAUCUCAAACCUGGUCUGAAAAUCCACAUUAUAUGACUGAAACUCCCAAUGCACCUAGCCAAACAGAAGCUAAGAAGGCGUCUAUUAAGCAGAAGUUGGAGAAUGCCCUCAGAAAUGGACAAAUGCCCCAGUAUUGUGAGAAUUGCGGCGCUAUAGAAACUCCAACUUGGCGCAGAGCGUGGUCACAAGAAUGUCAAGGUGCUCCAGGCUACCAUGAAUACUCUGAAGAAGCUGGAAGAGUGACAGCAAUUAACAUUCUCUCAAGAGAUGACACCGGACUUCCCACCUCGUAUCUCCUCAUUAAAAAAGCCCUUGCUGCUGGUGAAGAUCAAAAACAGUACAAGGCAUUCAUUCUUUGCAAUCCUUGUGGUAUUUGGAUGUCGAAGUAUAAGUCUCAACGCCCAGAAGCAAAGUGGGGCAAAGACCCGGAUACAAAGAAAAAGCGACCUUCCAAAGCUAAGGUUGCUACUACUAUGCCCACAUCUGAAGCAAAUUUUCCACAGUCAGAGAUCAAUUUACCCCCAUCCGAUGCCUUCUAUCAACAGCCUGCGGCUCCUUCUGGCACUGACCGUAUGUCCCCCAUUGACCUCGAUGGGUUAAACUCUGCCAAUCAGAUAUCCAAUGGUAAUGAUCGUCCAAACGGAGUGCGCCGAGCAAACAGUCUCCGUCCUACUAAGAAGAUGAACGCAAUGACCUCAGAUUCAGCUUCCGCGGCACUAAGGAGGGCUUUACAAUCUAGUCCAGCUAGGUGGACACAUAACAGCCAUGUUGAAGUAGGAGAUGGGCCAGAAGGGGACACCACACGGCGACUUUUGUUUCCUUCACCACGUAAAGAUUCAUCCCCUAAAGUCCUAGGCGAAGUUACUGCGAAUUUCGUUCAAAUUGCUGUUGACAUUCACAACGCCAAAGAUGUAGUCAGUGGAACGAUGAACAAGGAGAAUUGUUCGGCACCAUUUGAUCUAGAAGAGGAAGCUGAACUUAUGAGAUUAAUUGAGGAGCAAUUUGCUCGUCCAACCACGCCAAUUCAAAAAACCCCAGUCGCAAAUCCAUUCAAAACUCCAACUCGAGUAACUCCAAGCCAUAGGCCCAUCACCAGGAGUGUAACAAGAUCUAGUCGCUCGGUCAAAUCGGCAAGCCAUCUUUUGGCACCUCCAAAAACACCAAGCAAAACCCCUGGAUCAAGUCGCCGAACUCCUCGUGGCAAUGCUAUUUUCGAGUCACCAUUUACUGCCCAAUUGAAUCAGCUCAUGUCUGACAAUCCUAUCCAUUCCCCCUCUCAACACCUCGAUUUUGAUAAUUUACCUGAUCUUCCUAGCUUCGAAAAUGGAUCUUACAAUCUUCAACAAUACGAUGAAGAUUUCUUUUCAACAGAUGUACCAAUGCCUUCUUCGCCACCCCGUAUAUUUCCUGGAUUUAAUAAUACUUCGGCGGGAGGACCUCUUGACUGGGAUAAUUUCGGUUUUGAUUCCGUCUCAAAUGAAAAAGAGAAGCAAAAGGAAAAAAAUGUGGAGAUCAAGCAGGAACCGACGGAGGAAACAACAACAGAUGAGACGGCCUAA